AUGUUUAAUGAGUUUUGGAGGAGAGCGAGAGACCAGCCGGUUCUUCUACAGAGAAAGAUCGCUGUACAAAGAUCUCCUCUUGUGAUCAUCUCACAUCUUCUACUGAACUCCAACAUCAAGUUCCAGCAGCUUGUGGGUGUAUGUAGUGACUUCUUCAUCCACAAAGAAAAUGACAUCAUCAUCCCCACAGUCUUCCCUGGAGAUCAGUGUAAGACGAUUCGCCAGCGCUGGAAAAACAAAUACAGGUUUGCCACCGUGUACGACACUGUGAGGAGGAUCCUUGUUUACUCGGCCUACACAUUCUCAGGGAGAGAACAGAAGAGCCGCAGCAAUGAGUGGAAAAUUGAACCUCAGGCUGUGGAUUCUGAUUAUUCACCUCCAGCAAUUACUAGAGGACACGUGUUUCCAUAUCAGUUUGCUGCUGAUCAGGAACAAGCAGAUUCCACCUUCACUUUAUCUAACGCAGCUCCACAAACAGAGGACAGCAACCAAAAAUGGGCUACACAGGUGGAGAAGCCGAUACAUAAAGAGAUAAAACAGGGCUGCAAACUUGACCAAAGUCAAGUGUACUUUGUGACCGGAGUCGUCCCAGGGAGGAACUGGAUAUCCAUAACAAGAGAUGGAAAAGAAUAUCAAGCCGGAAUUAACAUUCCCAGUCAUUUUUGGAGCGCUUACUGUUGCACCAAUAACAAAGAACAACUCGUAGCGAGGGCCUACAUCGCUGAGCAGGAGAACUUUAAAAUCACUAAACAUUUUAAUAAAGACUCCAACAUUCAGGACCUGAAUACUGAGCUCACUAAACUGCAUUGUUUACCCUUCAGUGUGUUUACAGGAUUAGACUUAACGUAACAUGAAUACAGUGUGUGUGAGUACGUGCAUGCAGUCGUGCGUGUGUGUGUUAGAAUCAGCAACUUUCCUGUUAGAAACAUGUCAAAGCAUCAUAAAAAUAUAUCACUUUGUUGAGCUUCCUUUUCUUUUUCUCUUUUGUGCAGAAUAAUUUUAAAAAUAAUAAAACUCUGGUUAGUUUGAUUCUCUGGCAAUUAAAGCUUCUUAUAAACAAUAUGCAAAUAUUAUGUUAAAUGAAAUACAUACAUUUAUCUCUGUUAAUUCUCCUGAAGAUCUUUAAUAACAUUUCACUGUUUGCUGUGAAACUAAUGGAUUUUGUCGCUUCAUUUAAUCAGACUGAACAGUGACACUUUCUGUACACAGCAGUAGUGUCAUAGUGAACCAGCAGGUGGCGACAUUUCACUACUGUGUACA